AUGUCUAGGCCAAAAAGAAUCGAGCAGAUGGUAAAGUUGGGUAAAGACGGACAUGUACCUCAACCUUUUUCUCAUAACAUCCAGACAGAAUUGAUAGCAAUGAAUAAUCCUAUAAAAUUGAAACCUGAAAUUGAAGUUCAAAGUGGAACUCAGAAAAGGAAUCUGUCGUCAUCAUCGUCUUCAUCUUCUAGUAGUUCGUCAUCAUCUUCCAGCAGCUCUUCAUCAUCUUCGAGCAUUUCGUCGUCAACUUUAACAUGUACAAGUGGCACUCCACGGAAUACAUCACCAAAAGAAGCAUUACUUCAAAAACCCGACACCAUUAUCGAUACCUUGAGAGGAGCU